UCCAUUCAAAAAGGGGUUUUAGAUGCACUGGUGAUAGUUUCGAUCUGCCGCAAGCAAAAACCCUAGUAGCAGCAGACUAAGCGAAGGGGAAGAAACAGAGCACAACUAUGGCGGCGGAAGGAAGAACACUGUCGACAAAAGAAGCCGACAUACAGAUGAUGUUGGCUGCCGAAGUCCACCUCGGAACUAAGAAUUGUGACUUCCAAAUGGAACGUUACGUCUUCAAGCGCCGCAACGACGGUAUCUACAUCAUUAACCUCGGAAAGACAUGGGAAAAGCUUCAAAUGGCUGCCAGGGUAAUUGUUGCUAUUGAGAAUCCUAAGGAUAUAAUUGUGCAAUCUGCCAGGCCGUAUGGGCAGAGAGCUGUCUUGAAGUUUGCGCAAUAUACUGGUGCAAAUGCAAUUGCUGGACGUCAUACCCCUGGAACGUUUACCAACCAGCUUCAGACCUCAUACAGUGAGCCAAGACUCCUGAUUCUCACUGAUCCAAGAACCGAUCAUCAGCCAAUCAAAGAGGCUGCGCUUGGGAACAUCCCAACUAUUGCUUUCUGUGACACUGACUCUCCAAUGCGCUAUGUUGACAUUGGUAUCCCUGCGAAUAACAAAGGAAAGCAUAGUAUUGGUGUUCUUUUCUGGCUCUUAGCGAGGAUGGUACUGCAGAUGCGUGGUUCCAUUAACCAAGGACAUAAAUGGGAUGUCAUGGUCGAUCUCUUCUUUUACAGAGAGCCUGAAGAGGCUAAGGAGCAACAAGAAGAGGAAGCCCCUGCAAUCGAUUAUGCAGACUACUCUGCUGGUGGUGACUGGUCUAGUAGCCAAAUCCCUGAGGCCCAGUGGACUGGAGAUGCUGCACCUUCUGGUCCAGUAGUUGCUAGUGGUUGGUCUGGUGAAGGAGUGGCUGAGGGAGGAGGCUGGGACACUGCCGCUGCACCUGUUCCAGUUCCUGUGUCAGAUGCCGCCCCAACUGCUGGAGGAGGCUGGGACACUGCAGCUGCACCUGUUCCAGUUCCUGUGUCAGAUGCCGCCCCAACUGCUGGAGGAGGCUGGGACACUGCAGCUGCACCUGUUCCAGUUCCUGUGUCAGAUGCCGCCCCAACUGCUGGCGCCACAGGCUGGGAAUGAACCUGUUUCCUUUAGGAAGCUCUUCAUCCCUUGUGGAUAAAGAGUAGACAUUGUGAGUUCUACAAAAAUAGUUUUGUUCAUGGCACAGUUAAAGGAUUUUCUGUGGAUGUACUGAAUUAUUUAAUCAUUGCUAGCACGGCUUUUUGGAGAAUUUCGAAGUGGUUUUGUUAUCAAGAGGUGGAAACUGUCAAAUUUGGUUGCUGUGUGGAAAAUAUUCAACGCCCAUCGGAAUUAUUACUGCAUUAUUCCAAAAUGGUUAACCAAAUUCUCUUUAGGAGGGUUUCUUUGAUCUCGGGCAUUGAUUUUUUUAAUUUGAAAAUUAGAGUUUUGGGUUCCAUGACUGCAUGAGAAACAUACUACAUUUUACUAGAAGAAUGAGAAACUUGGUCAAGCAAAAUGUAAGUCAAGCUUAUUACGCUUUAUAGCUAUGAUUGUCUUUUUGGUAUUA